UAAACUUCCAGUACUGAGAUUGUUGUCAACAAACAAGUCGCAUUGACAUUCACUUCUUUCUGUACCUUUGCAUGCCGGAAUGGCAGGGGCAAAGCUUGUUUCAGUUGAAUACGAAAUAUUUGGCAAAGUUCAAGGUGUAUUCUUUAGAAAGCACACCCAGAAGACGGCCAAGUCCCUAGGGUUAGUUGGCUGGGUCAGGAACACGAGCCACAAAACGGUAGAGGGUGAAGUCCAGGGGGCCGAGGACAAAGUCAAACAGAUGAAAAUCUGGUUACAAACAAAAGGAAGCCCAAGUUCCAGAAUUGACCGUGCUGUGUUCAAAAAUGAAAAGACAAUUCCAUCAGUGAAAUAUCAGGAUUUUUCAGUCAGACACUAGCAAUGUUUUUAGCACAGGAGGUCGCAUGGUUAUCAAUUUCUCU